GCUGGAGAGAGAACGAGGUCUACCACACUCUCACAUGCGCUAAGGGGUGAACAAAUUACCAGCGGGCUUGGCGGUUAAGAAAGGAGAAAAACUCGCGUGAUGAGAGCUCAUGCCCAGCCAAGUAGUGUGAUUGUGGAGCUCAACUUCGCGGUAGCUGUAUGAAUAACGAUCUUCCUUAAACUGAAAGAUCUUCGCUAGGGAAAUGAACUGUUUUUGUGUUUUUUUCUCCCGUCAUCCCGCCUAAUUCGACUUAUCUAAACUAAUUGGACAUUUCUACGUUGGUCGAACAACUGAACGAACCGUGUUUGAUUGGGUUUAUAAGAUUGUCAUUGUCGUUUUGCCAAGAUGUUGUUGUCCGGAAUUCUCUACUCUUUUCUUUUGAUGACUUGCUUUAAGAUACUACGAAAUAUGAUCACCGUUAUGUAGAUCAUGUACACAUGAAGAGUUCGGAAACGAUGAACAUUUGAUUGUUAUGUUUCGGUUCCGAAACCAGAAGAUAUUUGGUUGACUGCUUCGGAUUUUUAAAAAGUCCUAAUAGGAUAAACACAUCCGAUUAGUAUAAACUAGGAUUUCGCACGAUGUAAGUCUGAUGAAAUGUGACCUCCAUAAAUUCAUCUUAGGACUGAUACAAGUAAGAAAUCCAGUGGUUUGAGUCAAACCCAAAUGUGAUUCACGCAAAGAAACACAGCUGGUGUAUUACUUAUGCUGUUAUUACUUCGAAAAUAUAUCGUACAAAGUAAAAGUCUCAUAUAAGCGUUGCUAUAUACUUCAUAGUUCUUACUCGCUUCUAGGUUAUUCCUGGAUAUCAUCAUAAAGGCAAAAUUUUGAAAUCAAAAUCUACAUCACGCUUACGAACAAGUUUGUAUUGAAAGGAGAGUAUACAGUAUAUAUUGCCACGUUAGACAAUGUACUUUAUAAACAUAAUUUUAAAGCAAAUUACCAUGGUGUGAAUCAGUGGAUGCAGUGAACGCGAAAGGCCGCUGCUAAAUUCAUGGUGUGAGAAGACCUUCAUAUUGAGUUCCCAUGGUGAUACACGUUCUGUAUCUCGGAGAAUCACCCGUCAUCAUUUUCACCUACCAUUACACGGCAUUGAGAUCACAAUGGAAAGUGAAUAUUUUGACGGAUACACGAUCGACUACGGUUACUUCGAAAACUUCUCGAUGGACCCGAAACACAUGUGCUUUUCACAACGAAGGGUAAAUCUUUCAGAUAUUACUGAUUUUCUCUACAUCGGCUAUGAACGGUGGGUUAUUUCACUUAUUCUUCCUCUGAUCCUAACGACUGGGUUGGUGUCCAACCUGGCAUUUCUCUACGUGGUAGCCCGCGUCCAAUCAAUGCGAACAGUUGUGAACCAAUACCUUGUGCACUUAGCUAUUGCAGACAUGCUCUUUCUUGUCGGUGCCAUUGGCAAAAAACUAUGGCAGUACUGCGAGUCACCGAUAAAGGACGACGAGGGCUCAGCCCUCGGACCCAUCAUGGUUAUAAUAAGCCAUCUGCUCGUUUACACCACCAUAUUUGCUUCAGAGCUUCUUGUAACGCUGGUAGCACUAGAACGCUUCUAUGCUGUAUGUAGACCAAUGGUAGUGUUUGCAGCGAGCUCAAACAACAGAAAGGUUUCAAACCUUCUUUGUUUAGUUUGGUUGAUUAGCGUAAGCUUGGCCGCAUCUACAAUACCUUCCAUCCUGAGGCCGGUAAAAAUUUGCAAUAUCUGGCCGGACGAGUAUAGUUACCUGCAAGAUUCGUAUGUCAAGUAUUCCGGAAUUAACCUUAGCAUCCAAAUAUACACCUACGUUAUCCAGACAGUGCCAUUCUUUGUUGUGAUGAUAAUCAACAGUAUACUGUAUGUCUGGAUUAUGAAGGAGAUGGAGAGACGUCUUAAGGCCAUGGAACGACAUGACCUUGACUUGCAGACUAAUGUGGAAAUUCGAAACCAAGUAUCGCGAAUGUUAAUUGCAAACGGAAUAAUAUUUUUCAUCCUCAUGGCUCCGUUUCAAUUCGGAUCUCUUAUCAAUGUGCUUAAUAAACUGUUAGAUUCAAAUUUUUCUGUUAAUGAUCACGAGAGUUUCCUCUAUAUCGCUAGAUUAAUGGUGUAUUGCAACUCAGCAAUAAAUCCUAUAAUCUACAAUAUUUCAAAUUCACGAUAUCGAGCAGCUUUUGAAGAAGCAUUUUGUAAAAAGUGGUGCCAAAAAAGGAGAUCGCGGCGACGCCCCCCAAAGCAGCUCGGAAAUCACAGCUCUGUAUACGCCACGUCGAUCACGAAAGCGUCUAACAGCGAUUCUAGUCUAGCUGGAAAUCCACCAAAUAAUGGUAAUGAAACCUGUGUCUAAACAUCGCCACUUUGUCUUUAUAGAUACAUUAUGUCUGAUACCUGAUCAACAACAACAAAAAAAUGCUUUACAAUCGAAAUUGCUAAUACUUUUAAGAGACAUUUCAGUAUCGAUCUAUUCUCUGGAAACCUUGAUGCUUGCUUUCAGUUAUCUUAAUUAUUUUAAUAACUAAAUGAAAAUGUCCCUCCAAGUGCUCUGCAAAGUUCAUUGAUUGAUUAAUUCCGGACAAUCCACUGAAAUUCAUUUUGUUUUUAGUGUUUAUAUUUUAUUUUUGCCUAAACAUUGUUUCGAUAACAGCAUCAAAAUCAGGUAAUAUUUUAGCAUUUAGGAUCCUUUCGUUAAAGCCGUAUUGCAACAUUAUCUGUAAUAAAAACGAAAAACAACGAAAAUAUUAUAAUUUUUUGAAGAACCUGGUUCUAGAAACAAUGAAUUCUCAAUGCCUAAAUUUGAUCGUGUCGAAGAUUACUUCUGGAUUAUUUUUAAAUCUGUUUAUUUUUUAAUUUCGAUUCACAAUUGAGAUUGAAACCCGUAUAACGAUAUUGAUUUUUUUUUUUUUUGCUCGGGGAAUAAAAAACUCAAGCGGUCGGUUAAAGGUUCGAGCAAAUUGUCUCCCGAAAUGUGGAAUAGAGGGAGGAGUAAGAAAUUUCUUAUCAUAUGUUGGAGAAAAAGACACCACGUGUUUCGUAGACAUUAGAACUUGUGAGAGUCAACAGACUUACUAAUUAUUAUUCCCAGUUUCAAGGCAAUUGAAAUGCCUGAAUGAGUGAGGAAUGGCGAAGCUCCAACGGACGUUAAAGCAUGUGCUUACGCUAAGACACUAUUCUUGGACAUCGCAUGGUUUGGGGAAGCAACAUCAAGAGAUACGCUUUCUAGCAUUUUCGGACCGAUGCGUCCAAAACGCCUUACCUGGGAAGUUUUUACGUUGAUAACUCUCUAUCUCUAAAGAAUUAUCUACAAACUCAUGAAUUGCGUGGUGUCCAUAGACUCAUGUUGUACUGAAGACUUGUCGCGUGUUUACAUAUUUUCAAGUAUAGUAAAAUGAAGUCUUGCAUUUUGAUGGGUUGUGAUGAUCAAAGUGAACCAUGCUGAAGGUGCCUGUUAAAAUUGCCUAAAAUUGAAUGGGUGUCGUUGUUCUGUACAUUUUCAGCACACACGCCGGCCGGUAUAGCGACCAAGAAGACCAGUAGAGCCUCACGAACCCUUUAAAUUCUUUAAAGGUUAGGUGAAUUACAGUAAUUUUCUCUGAUACUUUCAUGUGGUGAUACCACAACUAGGGGAAAUGUCAAAUUGCCAUGUUAUUGUUGAAUUAUCUUUCUCCCUAGAUUUUUUUACCUUCAAAUCUAUUUCUUUUUCGCUGUUUCGUUUGUAAAUUUCACUCCACAGAUAUUUGCUUGUAUAUUUUAAGGAGGGGCUGUACGCAGUUACUUCACAUAUAAAUACACAUGUAUAUACAUGUAUAUACACGUAUACUUAUAAGUGUUUUUAUCAUAUUUUUGAUAUCACAAAACGAUGGAGGAAAGAAGCAUUAAGUAUGGCCUUUAACAUAACAUUCGUAAGCUUUCAAUUUUUUUUCCUUGCUUGUAUGAAGAAUUGAAGAUAAUAUACCUGGAUAAAAAAAAUUACCUUCCCAUGAUCAUAAGAAUGAUGUUGAAAUUAUGGGAAUUUGUCUAAUAAAUAAGCCCAAAAACUGAGCUUUUUAAUUUUCCUUUUUUUUUCAUGAAGUGGCUUGGGAAAAGAUACCUUCUUAAGAGGCUUUAUUUCUUAGAGUAUUUAGAGCCUUUAGACUUGUAACACACUGUGUAGCAGCAAUGUCAGUGGCAGAUAUGUUAAAUAUUGAUGUCCUAAGUGUUCGUAGUAUCGUGAUUAUUCAAAAUUUUAAGAAUGAACAAUAUUUAGUUCACAUGUUACCAUCAAAACGUCUGGAAAAGUUACACUAGAAAUCAUGUUAGUUUUAUAUUCGUAUGCAAAUGUUCAUGUCAUCAGUGUUAUUGAAUUUCAUGUUACCAUUAUUACCCUCAUGAUAUUAUGAAAAAGGAUGAGUUAACCGAUUACUUUCAAAAGGUCUGGAAAAUCUGAUUAAAAUGGGGUUAGUUUUUAGUUUUCAUGCAAAUUUCAAAUAAUACAUGCAAAACCCAUUUUGAUAAUGUCGGGGUCACAACUUUACAUGUACCUCGUACAUAAAUAAUGAUCAAUAUCUCCGUCCACCCACUUUGUGAAUGCGUGUCUCAGUUUCAGAUAGAUUCAAGAAAGAUGAAUUUCACAAGAUUUACAUAAUUUCUUACCUUCCGGCAAGACAAUGACAUCACUUCGAAGUGUAUUCUAGAGUUACUAUACUGAAUUCGGACUUCUUAAAAUCUUACCCACUGGCCGAUUCAAUUGUCAGAGGAAAAGCAUGAAAGAUGGAAGGAUAUAUUGAUUUUAUUACGAAAUGUAGAAUAUUAUACAUUUCACAUUGUUCUAUUUAAUUGCUAAUGAGUGAGUGACUUUGACAUAAGACAUAUUUCUUAAACGCUUUUUAUUGCUUCUUAAGUCAUUUUUUAUGUCGUUUACAUUUUGAUAUAUUUUAUACUACAUAAUAUCAUGUAUUAUUUUAUCCUAUUUAUAUUCAUAUUUUAUAUUCCCUUUUUUAUCCAAAAUUAUUCCACUUGUUAUCAUUUCAAGGAAAAGUUGGAUGCCGCAUUUGGCGCAAAGAAUGGUGGUCGGAAGUAUAUUCCUUGAAUGAAUUUUUUUUUUUUUUUUAAAUGGUUUAUUGCUUUUAUUUCCAAAUUAAUAUUUGAAAGCCAAAACUAACCCAUGCCCCUAAGACCACCUCUAAAAUUUAACACUUAGAACAUAGCUGGAAAAAAAAUACCCUCAAAUUCUAAUUAAAUGUAAAAUCGUUUUUGCAAACAGCAAAUAUCACGACUCGAGCUGAUUCCAGAAUAAUGAUGUUGUUUUAUUUUACCAAUUGGUAAGGGGAGAGACUCCAUUACACUCCCUUGGGGAAAGAAAUCAAUACAUUACUCUAUAUUCGUAAUUAAAGCGCCUAGCAUCUAUUGAUUUGGUUGACGAAAACCCUUGGUCCGCCAUGCUAUGAGGAUAUUGACUCAGAUGUAUCAAAAUGUAACCAAUAAUUGGUUCUUCCUCUUCUAAAUGGUGAGGGAAGAUCUGAACUUCUGCAGUAUGAUCACGGCCAAAUUUCCAGUAAACAUUGUUUUACCAUAUGUUUGUACAGAGUGUCAACUGCUGAUAUUCACUUCCCUCGUUAUUACUGUGCUUGUGCCUAAAUCGGUAAAUUGCUUAUCAUAAUAUCUUAAUGUGUGUCAAAAAAACAUGGUAAAAAAUCAAUAUUUAGGAAAAUUACGGUCAUAUUGAUGAUACUCACAUAUCAAGAAUCACCAACGACAUUUAUCUUAAUGCCCCCCCCCCCCCCCUAUUUAAGAAGAAUACUGAGAAUCUCGAUGGAUUAUGAAAAUACCCUAUGGUGAAUUGCAUAACAUCUUUAUACAAUAUAUCAUCUUAAAGGACAAGUCCACCCCAGCAAAAAAGUGAUUUGAAUAAAAAGCGAAAAAUCCAACAAGCAUAACACUGAAAAUUUCAUCGAAAUCGGAUGUAAAAUAAGAAAGUUAUGACAUUUUAAAGUUUCGCUUAAUUUCACAAAACAGUUAUAUGCAAAUCCUGGCUGGUAUGCAAACGAGGAGACUAUGACGUCAUCCACUCACUAUUUCUUUUGUAUUUUAUUAUAUGAAAUAUGAAAUAUUCUAAUUUUCUCCUCAUUGUCAAGUGAUACAACGAUUAUUUCCUCCCUGAACAUGUGGAAUUCGCCUUGUUUAAUGCUAUAUGGUUCAGUCAAGUUGGUCCUUAUUGUCAAAUCUAAAAAAAUGAAAUAUUGCAUAAUUCAAACAAUAAAAAACAAAAGAAAUAGUGAGUGAUGGACAUCAUCAACUGACUCACCUAGUUGUGCAUAUCACUGUUUUGUGAAAAAUACGCGAAACUUUAAAAUGUCAUAACUUUCUUAUUUUACCUCCGAUUUUGAUGAAAUUUUCAGCAUUAUGCUAGUUUGAUUUUUCUCUAUUUAUUAAAGUCAGCAUUUUCUGGGGUGGACUUGACCUUUAACGGAAUCACGCCAGUAGAAAUCGGCAGCUAAAAUAAUUACUAGAUGAAACAUGAAUUCUCGUUACGACACAAAUUUUAGAAGGCCGACGACAUUAUAAUAAUUUCAAUUGAAUUGUCAUCGGUUGAAUCUGAAUAUCAUCGUCAGAUUAGUUUUUGUUCAUAUAUUGCCUUACUCUUGGAAAUAAUGGACUAUGUUUACAAUGUUAACAGAAGCAUUUCAAAUAUGAGAAAUGGAAAACAUGUAUAUGUUAUUCAUAAUUUGUACUUGUUUUCUUUUGCUGCCCUAAAUUUUGAAUUCAUGAUUUGCUUUGGAACACGAUCGAGCCAAAUCAGGAUUUUGAUUUAAAUCCUAUAAAUUAUCACACAACUGAUUUAAACUUUGUAAUCGUAAAUCAAUUGGUCGACUGGUUACGAUUCAAAAUCGAUCAGGAUCUCUUUUAAAUUAUGUGAUUUAGAUAUAUGUUAUUUACCGUACUAAAACUAAAUGAAAGUCUUUAUCAUUAUGUCACUAGGUAUUUUAGGUUGUAAUAUGACGGUGAAAAUCAUUUGACUAUGUAAUUUUCGCGUUACAUGCACAAUCUUCAUUCAGUGUGCAUACGUAUUGUCAUGUUACUAUUUAUUCACAGUGUUUCACUUGUUCCUCUCUCUCUCUUCUUUUAUUUCUUCCUAUCUUUUUUAUUUCCUUUAUUUUCUUCUUUGCUUUUCAUUCAUCUUUAUUCUGUCUAACUGUCUAUAGAUUCCUCUCAAUUUCUCCAUAUUAUGACAUUGGAGUAUUAUUUCAUCUUGCAGUCAUGGUCACUGCGAGAUUUGAUAAACCAAUUUAUCGACACCGAUUCUCCUUAUUGUCAUGUGUGUGUGUUUAAAUUGUAUAAAUUACAAAUUAUUGUAAAUAUUGUAAAUAUGUUCAAAUGGAAAAAAAAAUCAUUUAUUUCGUCCAAAAGCUUUGUAAAUAAGAUGGAUAUAACAUCACAUGUGAAUAAAGUAUGUUGGGAAAAGCACUCUUGAAAUAAACCCUUUCUACUAUUUUUUUUCUUUCUUUCGCCGAAUCCGUGAGUCUUAUACAUGUAUGUUAUAAACUCGUUUUUCGAUGGUAUGAUCACUAGUAAUUUUAGAGUCGAUUGACGUAAGCAUGUGACAUCCUUUGACGAGCUCCUAUGUGGCGGGAAAGUGUAUCGCUGAUGAAAAUAAGGACUCAGUGUGGAUUUUUUCGCAACCAAUACGCAGACGCUUUCUGGAACGCACGAAAUCUAUGACAAAGAGGUCUUUUUCGAAAAUCGGUGAAUAAAAACAGCAUAGUACGUCCUUGACAACGACAUAUAUUCAAUUUUUCACCAGAAUAACACUUCAUGACGAUAAUGUCCCGGUUCACCGAAUGUCGACAAAGUCCUCUCAGCUGUUCAUUAUGAUAUGACGUUCAUUUUCAAUAGCUUUACUAUGUUGUAUUCGUCCUCGUUGACUUGCGAAAACUCUUUAUUAUCGCAGAGGGACAUUCAAUCUCAUGUCACGCUGAUUCCCCCCCCCCCUCAAAUCCUGAUCCUCUUGCUACCCUACGCUCUACUUCUCUCAACAUUAUUCUCCUUUUUUAUAACACCAACAAUCAUAAUAGUCCGAAGUUCAAGGGUCUCUGCAUUGCGAGUCACAAAAUACAAUCUAAAAUAUUGCUCUGCUAGUUUCAUUUCUUCCACCAAUUGUAACGGGAACUAGUUUCCCAUGAAAAAUUUACAUCUCUGAUAUUUAGUUAGAGAUUGCAUGUAAAUAUAGCAUCAUGACUUGACAGAAUCGGGCUUGCGAUAUUAGUAUGUACGGAUUCUUUUAAUAAGUACCUGUGUGGCGUAUUUCAUCGUAAGCAUUAUGAGAGGAUAUACGGGCUUAAUUGCAGUAGCUGUUAAAGCGGCUCCUGGUGUUAAAUUCAACAUGUGUUUACUCUUUUUCAGAUUAUUAUAGAAAUUAUACAAUUUGUGUGAAGGCCUAAUAUGCUGCACCUUAUAUCACUGACCAAAAUUUUUGUUAGUGUCAAGUUCUGGAUUAUCAACCAAAAUAGUGCCACCAUUGUAUUGGAAUUACGCCUUGAAACAACACUUGAUAACAACCUAUAAAAGAGCGGUCUGCAGUCUGUUUCAAAUCUUUGUGGCCAUUUAUCAGGGUGAAAUUAGUCACUUCAAUAUAGGAGGUCUGAAAUGGCAAUUUUCCCCUUGAAUUUGUAUUCACCGAAAUGUAACCACACGAUAAACAUAUUAAGAGUCAAAAUAAUGUAGGAAUGGUAAAGUCUAGCAAUAAGUAGUUAACAGCCAAAGCACUAGAACAGUCACCGACAAUGGUAAUUUGGCGGACUACAUUCAAAAGAUGACUCUAAUUAUUACUCCAGACAAAGGACAACUUUGCCGUUAAUGUGAGCUCACUCAUGAAAGAUCCAGGUGAUUAAAUUUAGCCUUACAAUGUUAAAAAAGAAGUUAUUUUUUUGUUACCGUAAAAUUAGGAACAGUUUCUUUGAGAUUGCGACACCAUCAGGAAAAUGCCUGCCCGGAAUGCCUGAUGCUAUAAAGGUCACAACCCGUCGUUCGCGUACAGCGCAGCCUGCAAUCGAGUUUUAAAACGUUGAAAUUGAGGAGUGCCUUGAUCUUCUGUGGCGCUGUAAGUUCGCCUCAAGAUUAAAAAAAAAAUCCAUGUUAAUAAGUACGAUAGUAGCUACCCAAGAGAAGACUACCGGGUUCGAGCACGACAAAGAUCGACGUAUAGGCCUAUACCUACGGGUCGCAGAAAUUUUCUUAGAUUCAAUUGCAGACAGUGAUGAGCGUGUGUACAAAGACACGAGGGUUUCUGUUUGUGACCGCAGCUUUACGCGCUCUCAGUGCUCGUGGAAAGUGCAGACGUGUGCCUGUGACGCAAAGACAAGAUUCACCGCUGAUCGUACGUACGGAGGUGCAUGGCAAGUUUCGACCGAGUCAUAAAUAAGUGUUGGUUUUCGUUGUCUACGAACUACUCCUUAUGCGAGUAACUAUGCAGAUCCUUGUGCAGAGGAAAUGCGCAUUCAUAAUGAAUAUGAAAUGAAAAGCAAAAUAUGAAACCUGUUGAAUAGCGAGGAUGGAUGAGUUAUGUCCUUAUGCUUAGCCAUAACAGGGCUGGAUAGGCCUCCCUGCCCCUACAUUUCAAAGUCAAAAUCGUAUAAAAAAAAUCCGUGACGUUUCCGGACAUUUUACUUUCAAGUUCGCGAUUCAGAAGUUACCUAACAUUUUAUGAGGGCAUGCCAGACGUUAUUGCUUCUUAGAAAACGUGAUUUGAUGUACUUAUCCAAUGCAAAUUAUGCAGUUUCAAUGAUAUUAUGCAGAUCUCGUUUAUAACAUGAUCACACAACAAAUACCCC